ACGCGCCUCCUGCCUCACCGUAACUCAACCUGUCUUGCAUUCUCUUCUCUCUCUUUCCGCGAAGAUCUGAAACGGCUUUCAGCAACAAUGGCUCCCAAAGACAGAUCGACCAGUAGCCCUACCCCCAGCUCCAACGCCAAGGAGAUCCGCUACAGGGGGGUUAGGAAGCGCCCUUGGGGUCGUUACGCCGCCGAGAUCCGUGACCCCGGCAAGAAAACCCGUGUCUGGCUUGGUACUUUCGACACUGCUGAAGAGGCUGCGCGUGCUUACGAUGCUGCUGCUCGUGAGUUCCGCGGCUCUAAGGCCAAGACUAAUUUUCCUUCGGUUGCCGAACUUAACACCGCUGCCGGCGCCGCACCUCUUGUCACCGUCGCUCGCAGCCCAAGCCAAAGCAGCACCGUCGAGUCUUCCUCUCCUCCGCCUCCACGCCCUGCUUCUCCUCCACCUCCUCUCGACCUCACUCUGAACAUCCCCAACCAUCACCGCCAAAGCCACUUCACCAACAGUGUUGGCUUUCCUGGGGGCGCGUGGAUUUCACUCGCGGCGGUUUCUCGCCCGGUUUUCUUUUUCGACGCGUUUGCCCAGGGAGAGAAUAAAACUCGUACUAACCCUAACACGUGCAGAUUUGAUCGGUCGGCGGCGAUAAUGAACGGCGGUGUUCAGAGUGAUUCAGAUUCUUCAUCUGUUGUUGAUUAUGACCACGAUCCGAGUCCUUAUAACAAGCGAAUAUCACUUGAUCUCGAUCUUAACCUUCCUCCGGCUGAAGUUGCCUGAUUUUGAGGAGAUCCGAUUUUUGGGAAGUCGUUUUGGGCUUCAGUGUGUGUCGUUUUUUUAAAAGAGAUUUUAUUUUAACUCAAUUUCCAGUCGAGACAGGAGGAAAAUGAGAGGAAAUUAGAGCUAAAGGAAAGAAGCUGACGUAUCUUUUUUUUUUUUGAAUUAUGUACAUAAAGAGAGAUAACCCAAGCAAAAGCAUAUAUCCUUGUUUUUUGGCAACUGAGAAAUCAUGAAUUUCUCCGAUGUUGUUUCUACUGUUAUUAUUUUUAGUAAUAAAUAUAAAUAUUUCCAUCUCUAAUCAAAACAAUUUCUUUUUCUUGA